AUGGGAAUUGUACUUGGCCGUCACGUGCGAAACAACUCGUUAGAGUCUGAGACAUUGAGAUGGUAUGUGAUAACAGAUGAAGAUGUAAGCAAGACGUUGAUUCCAGUGUUACGGGAAGGCACGCAGGUUAACAACACUGUGAGCUUUCAGCGACGAGGAAUAUGGCAAGGUCCAGAUACGGAUGAAAAAUUGACCCAGCAUGACCUGAUCUUCCCUGAGCUGAGUCAGCUUUACGCCGACUUCCAAGGUCGUGAACUGGUGGUUUCUGUGAUUAACAACUGGCCCUUCUUUGGCGUGAAGUACCUUGCUGACGGGACGCCUGUGGCUGACUUGGGUCUGGAUGUCAGCGUCCUGCAAGCUCUCAGUCGCGCGCUGAAUUUCACAUACCGCCUCACGGAGCCCGAGGACCGCCAGUGGGGGGGCCCGCAGCCCGACGGGUCCGUGACCGGCAUGAUCGGGCAGGUGGCGCGGCACGAGGCACACCUGGCCAUCAAUGAGAUUACUAUCACAGGGACACGCGAAGUUGUCGUGGACUUCACGCAGCCUUACUUCACCGAAUCCACGACACUCGUGUCGCGCGCUCCGGCUGAGAAAAACAGAGCCUUCGCCAUCUUCUCUCCUUUUACGCCCCUGACGUGGAGUCUCGUAGCUCUCAGCACAGUAACGAUGGGUGUUCUAGUGUGGGCCAUGUCCUCUUUCUCCACCUCCUCCUUCAUCUCUAAAGUCUUCCUCGAAACUCCUCCUCCUUCCUCAACUAGCACCUCUUCUUCAUUUGGACUGUGGCAGGACUCAACCUUCAGUGCUUACCGGGCGUUGGUGCGGCAGGGAAGCGUCGUGGCCCCUUCAAGCGCCUUUUCGCUCCGCCUCCUGCUCGCUAUUUGGUAUAUUUUCUGCUAUGUUAUCUACGGGAAUAAGUGUGACAGAGCCAUGUACUCGGGGACCCUCACCGCCUUCCUCGCCCGGCCCUCCUUUGAAAGGCCCAUUGACUCCCUAACGGACCUCAUAAGGGCUAGUAAGGACGGCUUCAUCCCCGUCUUCCUCGCCGGCAGUAGUAACGAGUUCAUCUUCAGGGAAGCGACCCAAGGACUUUUCAAGGAGGUGUGGGAGGCCAGAGACCCUGCGAGAAGCCUGUCUCCUACCAUCGACGGCGGAAUGGACGGGGUGCUGUCUGAUAAGCGUGUGUUUAUCAACGCAAAACUAAGUUCCGUCAUCCGUGCCGCAGUGAGAGGCAGCCACCGCUUCUACCAGGCCACCCAAACCAUCUACCCUCAAGGUUAUGGCGUCGUCUGCCGGUCUGGGGCACCGUACAAGACCAAAUUUGAGACUGUGUAA